ACGAUAUGCCGAGGGGACCCAAAUCCAUCCCUCGGCCAUGUCCACUAGCCGGGCGCCGCUGCGCAUCCCUUCCGCACUCGAGUCGAAGAUUCUGUCGUUCUUGUCCUCAUGACGUGGCGCCUUGACCGCGGUGAGGACGAGGAAGCCGAUGAGGAAGCCCUCUCCCUCGUGGUCCAUCGUUCGACCAUCCUGCGGCACGCGAGCCGCGGUGAGCCCGUGGUCCAUUGGAAGGACUGGGGACCGGAGGGUGCGCGCUGGCUUUGCAUGUCCAAGAUGGCGUAUAGCUAUAUCACGACGACCAGUGGCCAGCGAUACGUUCAGAAACCGUCGAUCAUGCUGAAUGCGCCCGAGCAACCGAUACACAUAUUGGACUUCAACCCGCAUACCGUGCGGCGGGUGGAGGCGCAGCUGCUCGCGCAGGCGGGAGAGGCGGCCGAAGAUGACCGCGCACGGAUAUUCACGAUCGACACGCCAACAGCGACCAUCGGACUGCCCACCAAGCAUGAGCCAGUAUAUUUGCCUGAGGAGGCGUUCAGGGGGGGUCCGCCGGAGGUGCAGUAUAUGGAAAGGCUCUUCGAGGAUGCGAGGGCCCUUGAGCCUGGUUUGCCGUUCGUCAGGACCACCUCAAAACCAUGGUUCGCUAUAGACGCGGUGAUCAUGGAUGACGAGCGCGUCAUUGGAUUGUCGACGGACUGGACGGCCAACACCAUCGGGCUACAAGCACUGUACUUUGGUUGAGUAUCAAGACCACGCGCCUGGAAAAUCAUCCUUUUCGUCGAAUGCUU